UAUCGAUCUAGGGUUCACGUGAGUGAUCUUACUGUUAUUCGGGCUGUGUAUAAAAAUGCUGCCCUUUUCAGAGAGAAUACUCCAAAUCUAUUGAUUAUAAUUUAGUUGUGGUAUUGAGUUUUACUUAGUAUGAAUACUCACAUAAUGAAUCUAUUAAACGAUCUAAAGGCCACCUAUUCACAUAUUAACUUGUGCCACCGUUGUUUUCUUACUUAUCGUGUCAUUCUUGUUUUUGAGCCUGGCCUGACACAUUCUGUUUCCAAAUAUAUUAUACCUAUCGAAUCAUUUGGUGUCUCAUUAACUGAAGAGCUGAUCAGCCCAAAGUCUAUGGUUAAUGCCAUUCUUGGUAACAUUGGUCUGCCUGAUGCAAAACAAACAAGGACUACAAGAACUACAAUGGACGUGACUGCUUGGCCUCUCGUUUCGAUUAGCCUAUCAUUAAAGUUGGAAACACCAGAAUUGACGCUUGCGUAUGAGUGUGUACAGGCCGAGACAAGCAUUGUAAGGAUCCCAGUUAGAAUGAUGCUUGAUCUCCUGGUAGAGCAUCUUGGGCUUCACAAGGCCAUCUGAGACUCGGGCUCAAUGAGAACACAAUGAGAGUCAUCAUUCUCUCUGACACUGCUGUUCAAGACGACCGGACCUGUCCACCGCGCAUGCCCAUUACUGGUGUAUGAACAUUGCAUCCUUUAAUUUACCCUGUAUAUGAACAUUCCAUUCUUCAAAUAUGUUGUACUAUCAUUCUGGUGGCUAUGGAGAUGUGUUGUACUGUAGUUUUGGUAUCCAUUGAUGAUGUCUUGCUCCGAUUACACUUGAAUCUGUA